AUGCCGCAGAAAUCACGAUGGAGCGUUUCUGUUCCGGAGGUGGACAUUCCCACCUAUCUCUUCGGCUCCCCUACAGCUCCACUCGGCGAUGCUCUCGCCUUUGCUGACGCUGAACACCCGGAGACGCUGUGCAUGACAUGGACUGAGCUCCGUCUCUGGUCCCAGCGUUUAGCCGCAGGGUUACAAGCCGCGGGAUUAAAAGAAGGCGAUCGAGUCGUUAUCCUCAGCGGUAACGACGUUCUCUUCCCCGUCGUCAACCUUGGCGUUAUUAUGGCCAGUGGCAUAUAUCAGUCCGCGAAUCCGCACUCUAAUGCCCGCGAGUUGGCGUAUCAGCUGAGCCUCACCACGCCGAGCUUCAUACUGGCGAGCGAACUAACUCUAGCCUGCGCUCUGGAGGCCGCCAAAAUGGUAGGCAUGGGACGGGAACGUGUUUAUGUGUUUAACGAUGUUCCGCUCAUCAAGGAUGGCGGCGGUGAUGAUGAUUUUAAAAAUGAUGUGAAGCAUUGGAAGCACUUACUAGCGCCGAAAGAUGUCGGUAGGCGCUUCGUUUGGAAGAAGCUAACUCCGGAAGAAUCGAAGUCGACAACCGUCUAUACGAUAAUGACAUCUGGGUUCGUCACCGUAGCAUUUCUUGUCUCCAAUGAUGCUAAUAUUAUCAUUGACAGAACUACUGGUCUUCCCAAAGCAGCAGAGGCGUCACAUUAUGGCAUUCUCGCAAACUGCGUUCAGACAGAUUUCGUAAUGAGACUUGAUCCCAACCUCUGUACGAAAGAGCUGGCGGCCAAAAAUUCCAGGUGGCUGUGCACCAUUCCACUCUACCACGGCCUGGCACUGUGCUAUUUCUGUACCAUUUCCAUCGCGAGACGGGUCCCCUCGUACAUCAUGCGGCAAUACGAGAUCAACAGUAUGCUGGAAAACAUCCAGAGGUUUCGUAUCACGGAGCUGCACCUUGUGCCGCCCAUCAUCGUGGCCAUGACCAAGCAUCCUGCUGUGAAGAGUGGAAAAUAUGACAUCAGCAGCGUCACUAAGACUUUCUCGUGUGCAGCACCGUUAGGUCCAGAACCGACUUUCCAGUACGAGUCGCUUUGGCCCAAAGGACACGUAAAUGUUAAGCAGGGCCUUGCAUCGACAGAAUCCUGCUGCAAUACUAUCGGUUGGGAUCCUACCCUAACGGCAGUAGCCGGCUCCGUUGGCGAGCCCAUGCCGAACUGUGAGAUAAAGCUGAUGGAUGACGAUGAGAAUGAGGUUGCGCGAGGACAAAGCGGGGAAAUAUGGUUCCGUGGUCCGAAUAUUAUGAAGGGUUACUGGCAAAACAAAAAGGCGACUGAUGAGAGUAUUACCCCAGACGGAUGGUUGAGGACAGGAGAUGUGGCACGCCAGGAUGAGAAAGGGUGGUAUUAUGUCGUGGAUCGGAAGAAGGCAAGCCAUAGUGGACAUGAAAUGAUCAAGGUGAAAGGCGUCCAGGUCUGGCCCGCUGAGCUCGAAGCACUCCUUCUUGAUCACCCUGCUGUCAACGACGCCGCCGUCAUCGGCGUGAAAAAGGGAGACGAAGAGUACCCUCGUGCCUACGUUGUGGCAGCGCCAGGGGCUUCUGUCUCCGUAGACGACAUCAUGCAAUUCGUCAACAAUAAGGUAUCAACGAUCAAGAGACUCACGGGCGGUGUUGUCUUCACUGACGCCAUACCCAAAGCUCCGUCUGGGAAGAUUUUGCGACGAUUGAUUAGAGAUGCUAUCGCGAAGAAUUCGAAAUUGUAA